UUCUAGGAGAUAUGGCGAAGGAGAUGUUUUUCAAAUAAUUCAGGAUAUGUUCCGUGUUAUUGCUUGUCAUUUGACGAGUACAAGGUGCCAAGCUGCUUUUCAGAAAUUUUCAAGCUUUGCGCAGUCGUCAAUUUCUAAUCACCAGAUAUCAGAGUUAAAUGCAUCAAAAAGUGCCGAUAAAUCUUUCAUUCUGCUGGAGGAAGAUAAAUCUGUAGUACCAGUUUUUGAUUUGAAUCGGAGAUUGGGAAAUAUUUUUGCUCAAUUUCGGUAUCGACAUUUUUUCGAAAAGGAAUUCACCGUUGAAGGCUUUCUCAACGGUGCAAUACAGGCUACUGUGUUAUGUGCGGAUUAUAUUCGUCAUGGGGAUUGGGGUAAUUUAAGAAGGAUUAUGAUUGAUGAAGCUGUUUCUGAGUUGCAAAUGCGGUUCGAUCCAUUUAAUAUGGAAGAUUUUGAAUGGCUGAAGUUCUCUGUUAGUGAUGUUAUUUAUUCUGUCAUCGAUUCGUCUUAUACAUGUGGUAAAAUACAACCAAAGACUUCUGGAUUGCGGUCAUUCUUUCCAUUAAAACACCGAGCUUUUUAUUCGCAGGCUAUCAUUUAUAUCAAGAAGAGCAAUAUCGAUGAAAGUAAAAGUAUUGAGCAUUUGCUAAGGAUAUCACCUCCUCGGAGCUUGCUCAUCUGCAACAUCACAUUAUCAAGAAUUUUAAACCCGCUUGGGAUGUGGAAGGUUACCCGAAUCAAUUUUUUUGAUUAUCCAUAAUGAUAACCAGGUGGAUUUUGAGAAACGUUCAGGGUAAUGUGGUCUAAAUGUAACGUGCAGGUGAAGAUCACGUUAAUCGGAUUUCGCAAACAGUAGGUCGUUGCAGCGACUGAAUAUGAAUACAUUAGUGAUUUUUCUAGAUCUUUCCUUUGAUUAUUGAUAAUGCUUCCACUGUUCUCAGGUGGUAAUCCUUUUGAUAUAGUUUUAUGACAAUUGAAAUUCUGC